GUUAGCAGAGACGGGAAUGCAUGCAACCCCGUCGCGUGGCGACUUAUCGGGAUACAUAUAUAUAUAUAUCGGACUUAUCGGAUAUCACUUAUCGGGAUUAUGUAUCUGAGAACCAUUUUCGUGAUUCUAGUUGUGGUCGGGCCGAUUGCGUUUGGUUUCCCGGGAGGCGUGCCAAUGUCGGCAUGCGGCAGCCUGCUGCCACGUCACGGACGCAACACACCUAUGGAUGGACCCGCACCCUACAUCGUCAUUGUAGAUGCGAUAUCAUAUGUGCCUAACCAAAUAGUGAACGUUUUACUGGCCGGAAGCUCUCUGUGGCCAUUCGAAGGAUUUAUGCUACAGGCACGCAACAGUGCGAGUGAAAGCAUAGUAGGAGAGUUUAUAACAACACCUAAUGGCACCAAAGUUUUGGAAUGCAGCGGAGGUCCGACCACUAUGACACACGCUAGUAAUGACAAGAGGAUAUGGGAUGUGUUCAGCUGGCGAGCGCCGAGCGACAACGUUGGCGAUAUUUAUUUUACUGCCACCAUGCUGAGAAGCUUCAACAAGUACUGGGUUGAUAUGAGAUCUAGCGUCAUUUCUGGGCCAGCUAGUGCAGAUGGCGACACUGUCCAGGGAAUCAUCGUAGGAGCCUUGGGAUAGAAAUGCAAGAAAUAUCGUAAAUCGAUUAAUCGAGAGUCAACUAGAAUCUAUUUUGUCGUAGAAAGUACGGUAGCAAGGAUCCAUUGAUUAGAAGUGUCAAUUAUUAUACUUUAGUGGUAACAGUAAUAAUAAGCAACAAGAAGGUAUAUCCAGGGACGUAGCUAGAGUGGGUGGGGGAGAAGGGUAUUGGCCCACCCCACACCAAUGUCGAUAUACUAUUACAUUCCCAAUACCGAGCUGCCCUUGGUCAACUGCCGAGAACGCAACCCAAGCGCGGGUUUGCCUCACCAGACAAAAUGCUGUGCCCAUAAUAUAAAUUUAGAACCAAUAAAUUUUUGAAAUAAUUUAAGGGUACAGUCAGUGUUACGGACAGGUACCUCUGUAAAGGGCAUUGCAACAUAUCUGCUCACCAAAUUCAA